AGUGACCCCAUUCCCAUCCCUGCAACCCUCCCUCGCAUCCACCGCAUGAGCUUUCCCCUCCAAGCAGUCCUGAGCACACUAGACCUGCAACCCUCCAACCCUCGUUCAAACCAGUUGCCGUUGUGGCUUUUUGCGAGUUUGUCUGGACUCAGGACGAUUUUGCACCAUCCCAUCCUCCUGUUCGACGCCUCGUUUUGUGACGUUAGAUCGGAAGCAAUACCUCAUAACAAGCCUGCAUCCACUAGCGUUAGAAGAGCGACUUGUGCUGCAAAUGGGUGAUCUCAAUUAUAAUCGAACGAGUAUACGAUUUUAGGGUCGUUCGUUUGGUCCCGCUUCGUCCUCCGUUUGCGUAACGCUAGCGGUUCAUGGUGGUGAUUCGUUUUAGCAACCACCCAUACCCGAUAAAAAUAGCCUUAAAAAUAGCCUUCGGAUUUAAAUUCUUAAUUACUGUCCGAUGGGCCCUCGCACGGCGGCCGGCGCGAUGUGCGGGCUCGGCGUUCGCAUGGGCUCCAAGACGACAUUGUGCGACUCGAACAGGGCGGCGUGCGACGCGUGCGACGACGUCGACACGUGCACGUGGGCGUCACUUCCGCCCGAGCUGCUCCGCGACGUGAUCGCACGCGUCGAGGCGUGCGACAGCGGUUGGCCCGCCAGGCGAAGCGUCGUCGCCUGCGCGGGCGUUUGCCGCGCGUGGCGCGAACUGACGCGCGAGCUUCUGCAAUCCCAGGCGUCCUACAAGUCUUCUGGGCAGAUUACAUUCCCCGACGAGCUCAGACAUCCGGGGCCGAGCGACCGGUGCGUGGAGUGCUUUAUUCGGCGAUCGCGCAAGACCGGCACGUUCACGCUGUUCCUGGGCGUGCCGCCUAACUCGACGGAGAACGGCAAGUUCCUGCUCGCGGCGCGCAAGUGCGGCUGGCGGCCGUCAAGCAUGGAGUACGUGGUCUCGUUGGAUCCGAAAGACUUUUCGCGCGGCGGGAGCUCGUUCGUCGGCCGCUUGCGGGCGAAUUUCCUCAGCACGCGAUUCGCGGUGUUCGAGUCGUCGCACGAGCCCUCGUUUUCUCUCGGCGCGCCCUCGUUGGCGCAAGGCGGAAGCAGCAGCAGCAGCCGCAAGGUGCACCCCGGGGGAGGCGCUAUCUCCGCCAGCGGUUACCACUGCAGCGCGAGGGCCGGUUACUGCGGUUACCACUGUAACGCGGGGGGCAGUCACUGUAGCAAUCAUUGUGGUAACCACUGCGACUGUGGCAGUGCGGGCAGCAGUGGGGCGGGGACCCCGGUUGGCUGUAGCAGUAACAGUUUGGGCAACGACAACAGUGGCGGCUGUAGCAGCACUGGUAUCAGCAGCAGUAGUAGCGGCAGUGGUUACCAGGGUGCUAGUAACAGCGCAAUUGACGCUGACGCUGCCACGUCAGCAGCUGUAUCAUCAAGCCUCCACGACCAUUCCCCGUCCCCCUACCCAUCCCCCUCCCUCUCCCCCUACCCCUCCCCUUCCCCCGCUUCCCCCGCCCCUUCCCCCUCUGCCGCCGCGCGCGCCCUAACCUCCUGCAUCUCCCGCUCCGCCAACAACCUUGAGGGGUUCCGCUCACCCCGUCUCCCUUCCGCCUCCGCGCCCCCUUCCGCCGCGCCCUCCCCCUGCCCCGCCGUCUCCGCCUUCUCCUCCCCCCAGUUCAAGCCCAGCUGCAUCAGCAGUCCCUUCCCCGGAAGCGGCGCGAACAGCAGCGGGGGGGGCGGCGGUGGGGGGAGCAGCGGGGGGAGCGGCGGGGGAAGCGGGGGGAACAGCGGGCCUGUGGUUUCUGUAGCAUACGCGCUGAACGUGCUGGGGGUGCGCGGGCCCAGGCGCAUUCUGUGCACCUUGCACCAGGUGCCCGCGGGGGCGGCGGGGAGGACGUUGGGAAGGGGGGGUAGUGGGCGGAGAUGGGGGGAUGCGUCAGCAGUCGCGGGGACAGGGGGAGAGGAGGUUCGAAGGGCGGCAGCUGCAGCAGCUGAUGUUGCUGGUACGGCUGCUGCCGCUUUAGGCAUGGAUCCCGUUAUAAGCACGUCCGAUAUGGGGAGUUCGAGGAGCCUGCUAUCACCGAUUUUAAGCGGUGCUCCUUCGGCGAGGCUGGUUACCCCACCUGCUACCCCGCCCCCCGUUACCCUUCCGCCUGUUGCAACCCCUGUUACACACUCCGUUACGACUCCUGUUACAACCCCUGUUACGAACUCCGUUACAACUCCUCGCGUUACAAUGCCUCCAGCUUCCCCUCCUCCUGCUACUGCCGUUGCUUUAGCCGCUGGUGCUGCUGCUGCUGCCGCCACCACCCCCCUUCUCUCCUCCCUGCUUCAUCAAAACCCGUGUGACCAGGAGGGGCGAGAUCAGGAGGAACGAAUUUCUGACCAUUCCCAGCCUGCCACGUGUUCCUCCUCUUUCACUCCUUCCCCUCUCCCCCGCGCCCCCUGGUCCCCCUCCCCCGCUCCCGCUGCUGGCGCAUCCUCCGCCCCGCCCCGCUUCCCCGCUCCCCCCUCCCUACACUCCCCCGCUUCCCCUCCUGAUGUGUUAAUAGCCCCUGCAGGUCCCUCCCCCUCCCCCUCCGCUUCUUCCCCCUGCCCCCCCUCCGCCUCCCCCCCUUGCCCAGAGUUUCCCCCUUCCGCCUGCUCCUCCCUCCCCCCUUCGGCCCUGUCUUCCGCCUCCCCCGCGUCCCUUUCUUGCGCCUACAGGCUUAGUGGGGGGAAGGGAGAGAGGGGGGGGAUUGUGAGUGAAUUUGAGUGGGGGGGAGGGGAGAGAGAGGAGGUGACUGUAGAGGAAGUGACUGAAGGGAGAGAGGGGGAGCAGGAGGAGGGGAAAGGGGAGGAGGUAGGGAAGGGAGAGGAGGGGAGAAAGGACGAGACAGAGGAGGAGAGGGAGGACAGGGCAGAGCGGGCAGAGCGGACAGAGCGGGCAGAGCGGGCAGAGCGGGCAGGGAGAGAGGGUCAGGAGAGAAAGCAGGAGGAAAGGGAAGAGGAGGGUUUGCCGGUGGUGCUGACAGGUGGUCGAGAAAGGGACGGGGGAGCUGAGAGGGGUGGAGACGAGCCGGCACGAGAAGCUCGGACGCCACCCACGAUCUGUACGAUGGAACCGCUGGUGUCGUUCCCAGAGAGCGGGGAAGACACUAGUGCAGGCCUGACUGGAUUAACUGGGAAAGCCGGGCUAACGGGACUUAGAAACUCUGGCCAGGGCACUAGUGAGGGGGGGAGUGGCGAGCAGGAGGGCAAUCGGCAGGAGAGAUAUCUGCAGGAUGGCAGUGAGGGUUGGUUGCAAGGCAGUGGUAAUGGUGACAGCAGCAGCAGAGACCCCCAGAUUUCCCCUUUCCCCGAGUCUUCCGCCCCGUUCCUCCCCCCGGCUGAGCUGGAGCUUCCCCCCGCCGCUCUGCCCAUGCCCACGCAAUCGCCUUUACGUGCGCCCAUGCCUGUGCCCAUGGUUGACGGGGCUCAUGGCUCUGCAUUGCCACCUGUAUUAGAGAAUGCGGUGGCUGCUGCUGCUGCUGCUGCUGCAUCAGUAGCAGGAGCAGGAGCGGCACAAGCUAGAGCAUGGGGAGCAGCGCAAGAGCCAGCAUCACCAGCACCAUCAGCAGCAGCAGCAGCAGCAGCAGUGGCAGCAGCGGCUAGAACAGGGCGGGCAGCAGCAGGAGUGGCAACACCAGCAGCAGCUGCUAUGGGGGUGGCUUGGUCACCAGCAGCAGCAGCAGGAGUGGCGUCACCAGCAGCAGUCGCGGCAGGAGCAAGGGCAGCCAUUGCUGUGACUCCCCCGUUUUCCUCCGCCUCUCUCACACGUGGUGUGCACACACCACGGACCGACGGACCCGUCUCCUCUCCUGCUGCAGCUGCCACCACCGCAAGUGCUGCUGCUGCUUCGCCUUCCCUUGCUGCUGCUGCAUCUGCUACAGCUGGUGCUCCUGCUACAGCUGCUGCUGCUCAUGCUUCUGAUGCUGACGCUGAUGCUGACUGCACGGAGUGUGACUGUGUGCGGUGUGUUGGCCGGGCGCCUCUAGAGCCCAUGGUGCUGAGAAACAAGCCGCCAAGGUGGCACGAGCAGCUGCAGUGCUGGUGCUUGAAUUUCCGUGGUCGGGUCACAGUGGCGUCGGUGAAGAACUUCCAGCUCAUAGAAGGGGGACCGGGGAACGAUGCCGAGAAGCCGGUGCUGCUGCAGUUUGGGAAGAUUGGGAAGGACACGUUCACCAUGGAUUACAGAUACCCGCUGACUGCCUUCCAGGCCUUCGCCAUCUGCCUCAGCAGCUUUGACACCAAAGUGGCGUGCGAGUGAUGGCGAAACGAAUGAGAAGCCACGAGUGGCAUGAUGAUUUUGUUCACGCAUGCAUCAACAUCUCAACAUCAAGACAUUGGUAUGAGAAACACCUAGAGGCGUCAACAUUGGCAUGUGGCAUCGUCACACCACCAGCAUCAGCAGCAGCAGGCACGCAAAAAGAAAAGGUCUCUGCAGAACCAACGGAUACCAUACGGACCAUACCAUACGGAUUGAGCUGAGAGUGCAGAAGACUGGUGAGAUGCACCAUGAUGCGGUAGUGGUGGGGAUGGGUGAACUUUAGCUCUGCUAUAGAACCAUUUCAUUUUCUAGAAUAGAGGAACUAUAACCUGUAUUGUGUGUGAUUUUACCAAACGGUUUGGCGGUUGGCGUUUGAUGACAGCUGGACAUGUGAUGGCGAACCUUUGUUGGCAAUAGUGUCU